CCAUGCUGGCAUUGGAAACACCAUGCUCUACCAACUGAGCCACAGGGAAGGCCAGUUCAAUGCCAGAAGCUGCAAGGAAGUUAAGGACAAAUAUGGUCAAACUGAGAACGGCCUGUACUACCUGACCACAGCUACUGGGGUGGUCUACAAGACCUUCUGCGACAUGACCACAGCUACUGGGGUGGUCUACAAGACCUUCUGCGACAUGACCACAGCGGGGGGCAGCUGGACUCUGGUGGCAAGCGUGCACGAAGACAACAUCUUUGGGAUGUGCACGGUGGGUGAUCGUUGGACCAGCCAGCAGGGCAACAAUGCCAACUGGCCACAAGGAGAAGGCAACAGGGCCAACAGGAAGACUUUCGGAACAGUGAAGGCAGCCACAGACGACGACUUCAAGAAUCCUGGCUACUACGACAUCGAAGCAGAAGACAUGUCGGUGUGGCAUCUUCCCAACAACACUCCGGUCAACCACUGGAACCUGGCCGCCAUCAUGCGCUACCACACUGACAGGCGCUUCCUCCAUCUGUACGGGGGAAACCUGUACCAACUCUUCCACAGCUACCCGGUCGAGUACAAUGUUGGUGCACACCUGUCCGACAAUGGACCCUCCAUUCCCAUAGUGUAUGACCUUGGGGACAAAGAGUCUACCAAAAAUGUAUACGGCCGUUACUCUGGAGGGGAGAUUGAAGGAGGCUUCAUCAGUUUCAGAGACAUAAACCAUGAACGGGCGGCCACAGCCAUCUGCUCUGGGGUCAAACCCAAAAGUGGUAAUGUUGAACAUUACUGUAUAGGUGGAUGUGGGUUUUUCCCUGAGGCUAACCCUCUUCAAUGUGGGGAUUUCACUGGCUUUGCCUGGAAUGGCUAUGGGACCCAUAUAGGCUGUAGUGCAUCAAAACAGACGCUUGAGUCAGCUGUCUUCCUAUUUUACUGCUAAUGCACUGUGCAUUUACGUUUCUUUGGUUGUUUUUUUGAUUGAAAGAUUUUUGGGUACAGAUUAAAACAAUACAUUUAAAAGUCAUUUUGGUAAUACCUUUUAUUUGUUUUUCUCUAUUAAUUCCAUUACUAUAAAGAAACAGUAUAAAGCAAUAACCAUUCCAUGCGCCAUAAUAGAUGUGCGUCUCAUACACUCAUUAAAUGCUUAUAGUUGAUAUUGUGACAAAUAUUAUUGUGUCAUGUGAGGGUCAUAACUGAAAUACUGUAAGGUUACUGUAAUCUACUUUGGGACACCUGUUGUGUUGGGGUGAUGGGGGUUGGAAAGUCUGUGUAUGGAUUGUGUGUGCCUGUUUGAACUUUCUUUCUGCAAUAAAGUAGUCUAUAGAUUUGAGAGCAGAUCUUUGCCUACAACAACCAACAGAACCCCUGGAACCUUGGCAGAACUUUGUCUAGGAGAGAGAAUACCUACUCGCCAUCUCUCUAAGAAGGAGAGAGAGAGAGAGAGAGAGAGA